UUUUAGUAACCAAUCAAUAUGAAAGAUAUUUAAAAAACUGAGAUGUAGCAAAUAGCAACGCAUGGAAAUGAGAUAAGGUUUGGGCAGGCAGGAGUCGAGACACAGCGGUGCCAGAAGUGACGGCUGAGGGGCGUCAUGUCGUAUUCCAACCUUUCCAUCUGGGCAUGUUUGCCCCGAACACAAAGAGGACAGCCUAUUGUGCUGGGCACUGAUCCAAAGGGAAAGAAACUUCUGUAUGUCCAUGCAAACUCUGUCAUCAUUCGUGAUAUAGAGAAUCCUUCCAUUGCUGAGGUAUAUACAGAACACUCCACCCAGGUCAAUGUGGCUCAGUAUGCUCCAUCAGGCUUCUACAUAUGCUCUGGGGAUCAACAUGGCAAAGUGCGAAUUUGGGACACAAUCAACCCAGAGCACAUCCUGAAAGCAGAAUACCAGCCACUGGGAGGACCCAUCCGGGACAUCUGCUGGUCCCCGGACUCCCAGCGGAUAUGUGUUGUUGGUGAAGGCAGAGGAAAAUUUGCCCAUGUGUUUAUGAUGGACACUGGAGCAUCAGUGAAGGGUGAUCUGUCAGGCCACACCAAGGCCAUUAACUCUGUUAGCUGGAAACCAACUCGACCAUUCCGUAUUGCUACAGGCUCUGAAGACAGCAAGGCUGCCUUCUUUGAAGGACCACCAUUUGUCUUCAAGUGCACCAAGGGUGACCACGGGAAGUUUGUGCAGUCUGUGCGAUUUUCUCCCAAUGGUGAAAGAUUUGCUACUGGAGGAUUUGAUGGCAAAAUUUUUGUAUACAAUGGUAGCAGUUCAGACCUAGAUAAAGAGCUUGGCAGUCCUGCACAUAAGGGAGGCAUUUAUGCAGUGUCAUGGAGUCCUGACAGUAAGCGUUUGCUCUCUGCCAGCGGAGACAAAACUUGCAAAGUGUGGGAUGUGGAGUCGGGAGAUUUAGUGGCUGACUUCCCAAUGGGUUCUGAUCUGGAAGAUCAACAGAUGUCUUGUCUAUGGGCCGGAAACUACCUUCUCUCCAUCUCCCUCUCAGGUUUCAUCAAUUACCUGGAUUUGGACAACCCAUCCAAGCCAAAAAAAAUUAUAAAGGGCCACAACAAGCCAAUCACUAGGGUGGGACUCUCUCCAGACAAGAGCACCCUCUAUACUACUGGGGUUGAUGGCACAGUCACAGUGUGGGAUGUUGCCACAGGUGACAAUGAUCGCAUUGCUGGCAAGGGUCAUGGAAACCAUGUCAGUGGCCUUGUGGUGAAAGGAGACACCAUCUUCACAGCUGGCAUUGAUGACAGUGUUAAGUAUAUAGAUCCGGUUGAGAAGACCUACACAGGAAAAUCUAUCUCACUUGGGUCACAACCCAAGAUGAUUGCUGCUGUGGAUGAUGGCAUUAUUGCAGUAACAACUCAGGAGAUUUGUGUGUUGAAAGAUGAUAAGAAGGUUGGAAGCUUCCCCAUCAGCUGGGAUGGGCUGUGUGUAUCAGCUGCUGGUGGAGGGAAUGAUGAGGUGGCAAUAGGAGGAGCUGAUAACCUUGUUCAUAUCUAUGCUCUCAGUGGCAACACACUGACUGAGAAAAAGACGCUGGAACACUUAGGAGCAGUGACAGACGUCGAGUAUUCCCCUGAUGGCCGUUACCUGGUUGCUUGUGAUGCUAACCGUAAGGUGGUGGUUUACUCCCUUCCCACAUAUGAAAAGUUCAAUAAGAUAGAGUGGGGCUUCCACAAUGCACGCAUCAACUGUGUGGCUUGGAGCCCUGACAGCCUCAUGGUGGCUAGUGGCUCCCUGGAUACAAUGAUUAUUAUCUGGAGUAUGACUCAACCCAACAAGCACAUCAUUAUUAAAAAUUCCCAUCCACAGUCUCAAGUGACAGGCCUUCUGUGGUUGAACAAUGAGACACUAAUAUCUGUAGGGCACGAUGGACUGGUGAAGACUUGGAGUGUCACCUUUUAAGAAGUCACCCUAUUUAACCUAUUAAUUUUUUACCAAAUUGGUAUAAAAAAAUGGUUUGAAUAAAUGAAUGAUUGGCAAAUUAUCUUAGGAGUGUUACAAAAUACACUGACAAAUAGCUGUUGCCCAUGAAUAUAUAUGCCAUUGCAUUGGUUAAUUUUUAUCUGUUCAACUACUUUUGAUUAUUCCUCACUGAAAAAUAUCUACAUAUAUAUCUAAGAAGUUAUCAGUGGAGUAAAGUGAUGAUUUUCAGAUUCAAAGAUAAAAAAUCAAUUUGAGCUUUAUUAUGCUUUCAAGAAUUACAGAGUUAUUUAAAUUUCUAGCGCACCUUCAUGCCCAUUACCUCAGUUUUACUGUAUUUAGGAAAAAAAAGGCAAGUGAUGGGAAACCACAUGAAUUAGGCAGUCAUCUCAAAAAACAGCCAGGAAGAAAUAGGAUUCUUGUCACUAAAGCAAGUUACACCUAAAUGCAGUAACAUAUGUUUUAAAUAUUUAAAUGUGCCAGUUCAUUCUGCUUUCUGUAAUUCACUUAAUUGCUUGCAUUUUCCUGAGCUUACAUAUUCAAGUAUAUUGGUCAAAUAUUACUAACCACAAGUACAUGUUGUACAUAGUCAAACAUUUGACAUCCAUGGCAGAUCUGAAGUUAUCAAGGGUGAGAUUUUAAAAUUUAAACAACUACUCCACAUUUGGCAGGGUAAACUGACCUUCAUGUUAAAUCACUUUCAAUCCUGGAAUUAGUAACUGGGUGUGUUAUAAAUGCUUUUUGAACCCUUAAAAAUCAUAAUAAAAUCAUGUCCUGGCAUUCUUAUUUACACAAGUUCAUCGUUAGCCAGAUAUACACUUGCCUCUGUUAUAUCUUUAAAGACUUUGUAAAGAUGUUAAAACUUCAUCAACUAACCCUCAGAGAAAACAAACAUUGCAUAAUGAACUGGUAAAGAAAUAGAUCACAAACUUAGAUGACAGAGUAAACAUUAAAAUUAAGAGGUUAAGUAACUUCCAUCUACUCAAUGCCUACAUCCUUUCAAAUCUUAGAUUAUAUUGACCUGGCUGUUUUCUAAGGAAUGUUCAUUUACUGCCCAAUAGAUUAGUGUUACAUUUCAGUAUAAUAAUAAAAUAAAAAACUAUUUUACAGAAGUGACAGUAAAUAACUUUUUGUGGGUGUUUUUUUUUUGUUCUGAACUUUGAAAACUUUUAUUUCAGUUUCAGUUCAUGGAUUAUGAACAAAGUAACUGAAAUGUUUGUGGUUUUGGGCUAAUUCAUGGGACAGGUAUUUACAAACUGCAUUUACGUACCAUAUACAUUUGAGUGUUGUAUGGCAUUUUAUUAAAAAUGUUAGACAAGGGAUUCUUGAGGUUCUUGUACUUGCAGUAAAUUGCUUCCAUGCUUUUUA